GCUCCCGGCGCUCCGAGCGCGGGCCUGGGGACUCGGGAUCCCGCCGCCGGGGCCGCAGCAUGGGGCGCUUCCGCGGGGGCCUGCGGUGCAUCAAGUACCUGCUGCUCGGCUUCAACCUGCUCUUCUGGUUGGCAGGGUCUGCUGUCAUUGGUUUUGGACUAUGGUUUCGGUUUGGAGGCACCAUCAAGGAUUUCUCAUCGGAAGACAAGUCCCCAGAGUAUUUCUACAUGGGGCUGUAUGUGCUGGUUGGAGCAGGGGCCCUGAUGAUGGCUGUGGGCUUCUUCGGGUGCUGCGGAGCCAUGCGGGAGUCGCAGUGUGUGCUCGGAUCUUUCUUCACCUGCCUACUGGUGAUAUUUGCUGCUGAAGUAACCACUGGAGUAUUUGCUUUUAUAGGCAAGGAUGUA